AUGUGGAAUUAAUGUAGUUUUUUUUUAUAUCAUCUGGGUGAAAAAUUGGUUAAUGGAAUGAACCUAAAAAAAUUAUCAACAGUAUUUAUUUAUAUUAAUGAAAGGGUAUGUGAUAUUAUUUAUGUGAACAGGGAAAUAAAAUUGGAUUUUUUUUUUGGGUGGCUGUAUUUGGAAAAAACUUAGUUCUUCGACUAAAUAAAGAAGAUAAGAAUGAAGUUAUGUAUUGUUUAAUUGAAUAUUAGGGAGUUAUCUGAAAAUUUUGCAGAGGAUAAUAAUAUUUAAUUGAGAGAUUCUCAAUUAUCCUUGAAGGCAAUUAUGAAUAAUUGA